CUUACAACACGAGUAAACAAAUGAUAUGACAAUUUAAACGUAUACAAAACGCGGAAGCCACGUUGCAAUCAAAUUUCUUUUUCUUGUCCAAGUUACUUUUAUUUCAUCGCAUAAGAUAGAAGCAAUAUGGAUACGAAUUUGGUUUUUCUUGUAUUCACACUUUACAGUCUUGUUCAGGGAGGUGAUUUGGACAUUGCAUUAUGUGAUGCUCGCCAGUGGUAUUUAAAAUCUGCAGCAGAAGGACUGUUUGACGGACCAUUAUCUGGGUCUCAAGAAUCAGUGCAGUACAAAAUUGAAGAUAUAUUAUUAAAAAGUAGAAAUGAUCCGACUAAAAGACAAAUAGACUGUACCUUAUUGGAACAGUUUGAAGAUAUUUUGAAAAAAAAGUCAAAAGGAAACGAAGGUGAUAAUGGUGAAGCAGUAAACGAAAUGGAAAUAGAUGAAACCGACAUUCUUGAGGAAGAUAUAGAGCAUGAUGAAACUGACCCAAUAGAACACAACAAUGCCGAGGAAAAUCAAGAAAUGGAUGAAACAAAUAGUUUACCAGAUGAAGUCACACAUAGUUCCCAUCUCCAGUCAAAUUCCCAUGGUGAAACAAACAAUGUGAGCGAAGAUAGAGAUUCGAAAAAUGCCGAAGAAAUGAGUAAUGUGGAACAAUCAAAAGAACAAAACGUAAAACAGGAAGUGACAACGGAACACAACGGAGAACAAUUUCAAGAAAUAGAAGAAAAUGAACAAAACAGUGACCAACCAAAGACAACAAAACAAAACGAAGAAAAUCGGGCUGCAGAAUAUAACAGAGCACAGUUACAGACAACAGAACAUAACGAAGAACAACAACAGAGAAUGGGACAAAAUAAAGAACAACCACAGACAUCAGAGCAAAACGGGGCAAACACACAGAAAGAACAAAAUGAAGAACAACAAAAGACAACAGAACAAAGCGAACAUAACGAAGAAGAACAACGGACAACAAAACAUAGCGUAGAAAAUCAACAGACAACAGAACAAAUCGAAGAACAGACUACAAACCAAAGCGAAGAUCAAAAACAGACAACAGAACAACGGAGAGAACAACAGAUAACAAAACAUGGAGAAGAACAACAACAGAUAACAGAACAAGGAGAAAAACAACAACAUAUAACAGAACAAAACGAGGGUCAAACACAGACAACGGGCCAAAACGUAACACAAAAAAAGACAACAGGACAGAGUGAAGAUCAACCACAAAUGAUGGAGCAAAACAGCAAAACCCAGACAACGGAAAGAAACGACGAAUCUCAAACAACGGAACAGAACGGAGCACGACCACAGGCAAUGGAACAAAACGAAUUUCAAUCUGAUUAUAUUGACUCAAUUAUUGCCGAUCUUUUUCAAGCAGAAGAUGCAAGCGAAAAAGAUAAUGCAGCAAAAACAGGUAUCUUAAAUAUUGAGCAAACUAUGUCCAUCAAAACGCAACAAAACGGUGAAAAUGGAGAUAGUCAAACACAUGCUUUACAGGAUAAAGCAGAGUUUAGUGAUUUAACACAGGAAAAAGAAAAACAUCAAGAGAUGCAAGCUGAUAAAACAGUCCAAACUGCUGAGCAUUUGCAAACAGAAAUGCAUGAAAUAGCAAAAGGAACUGAAAAACACAUGGAAAAAGAAACCGAUAAAAUGAUGAACACUGCAGAUUUUGAUCAAACAAUAACUACUGAACAACACAAUGACGCAUCAUCUGAAACAAACAAAAUCAAGCCAACAGAUAAUGUAGCGAACACAGAACACCUUCAAAACGUUAAUGACUUUGUUUCAGAAUCUGAUUACUCCGAUGCAGAAAAAGAAAAAAAUCUACAAAACUUUGGAGUAUGUAACACAGACACAUCAAGCGUCACUGAUAUAUUUCUUUCGCGAUAUUUGCCGUCAAUCCAUACAAAUAAUGAAAGUACAACUGAAAAAUGUAGGGAUUGUCAUGGCUUUGUAUCUGAUUACAAGAACUCAGACCGUGCCUCAAAUGUUAAUACUGACAUGCCUGACGAAUUUAGCGAUAAGGAUGUUUCAAAACACGAAUCAUCAGCACCUAAUAAGGAGCUUGGCCAGAACGACAACACUCAUGACAAAAUAGACACUGUUAAUUCACAAAAUGACAAUAAGAAACAAAGUGAAAAUAUCAGGACUCCUGAUACACAUUUACGCAUGUCAAAAAAGCACACAUAUUCUAUAAAGAAAGAUAUUAUACCAUCACAUCUGGUUCCCAGCAACGAAAAUACAAAUGACGAAAAAUAUAUCGUGAACAGGGAAAACGAACCUGUUUCAGAUAAUAAUCUACAGCAGAUAAGUGUCGAGCCUGACGGCCAUACCAAUGACAAAGAACAUUCAAAAGAAGAAAUAGUAAAUAACAUGCAAGACGCAAACUUUGAACAUAUGAAAGAAUUUUUUAAAACUAAAACACUUGAAUAUUCCUCUCAGAUCCAAAAUUUAGAAAUCCUAGUAAUAAAACUUCAAAACCAACUAUUGAUGGAAAAAUUAGAUAAGCAAAACCAUUCCACAUCUAUAACUCGGUUAGAAAAUAGCAUACUAAAACUAGAGAAUGAAUUGCUAAGACUUAACAACAGCCAUUAUGAUUUGAAAAUAGAAAAUGAAAAAAUGAAUAGACAGAAGCAAAAAUAUCUACAGUUGGAUCACGUGCCAAAAAACGAUUCUAAAGCAAAAGAAAUAGCAGACCAGACAUCGAAAAGUUAUGAAAUAAUAACACAGCAACAAAGCAAAAUAACACAACUGGCAGAAUUACUCAAGAAUCAGUCAAAAGCAAUUCAACACAUGAAAACGAGAUACGAUUAUUUGGAAGAUCAGAACCGGAUGCUGUUCCAGAUGGUCAUGAAUCAGACGUCACUGAUGACCCAAAUAAUGUCGCGAGUACAAGAGUUAUCCGAUCAAAAUAUGCAACAUAGGAUAGAGGCACAAAGUCUGAAGGAGAAACUGGCAAUGUCAAAAUUAUCUGAUAAAAAAGAAAACAAUCAUUUUUCGGAGGUGUCAAAUAAGUUGUUAGAAAAAAUUGAUGCAAUUGUAUCAGACAAAAAGAUAGAUAUGACAGACGAUAGAAAGAGCAACAUCAAUACACAGGAAACAGGAAAGUUUGGCAAUGAAGACGAGGCAGACGAAAAACUGAAAGACUACAUAAAUAAAACCAAAAAGCUGGCCGACAUUACAUAUAAUUGGUGUGGAAAACACCGAAUGGUCUGUAUAUACAAAUCAAUUAGACUUUCAACUUGUGUACCAUUUGUUCCACUGUACUGGUCUGUGUGCGAGGAAAGGCAAACGAAAGAUACAACAAGACCACAAAUGGAGUAUGGAUAUGACAGAAGAAAAACAGUAAAACAAGACCUGGAGGAAUUGAAGGAACAGAUAUUCAAUAAAGUAAAAGCAAAUCCUUCAGCCGAAGACCCAAAAGAUAGAAACGUGGAAAAGGCAGAUAAGAACAUAAAAAAUGACGACACUAAGUCACAUGCCUUUGUACAAGGAAGCGAAAACAAAAUAGUAGAGAUCUCUAAACAAAGUACUGACAACAAACCUCAGACAUCUGACGUGGAUAAAAAAGCUAUUGAAGAAAACGUAGAAACAAAACCCCUCAAACCAACUGCAGACGAAUCUACGAAAAUCAAAACUACAGAUACAAAAACCCAAAUAGGCAAUGGAGAAUCAACAGAAAUCAAAACAUCACAACAGGGUGUUCAAUCGGACAGUAUAAAUUCUCCUAAGCCACAAGACAGCAGCAUAGGGGACAAAAACUCAGAAGUCAGGGAUCCUAAUAUGCAAACAGAUACAAAUCCUCAUGAAAAUACUUUAAAGCCAGAUAUCGGCCAAGCACAAGAAUCUUUACUGACAAAUAGUAAAUCUACUACAAACGAAGAUAAUAAAGUUAAAAAAUCUGUACCGAAAGAUACCCUUACCGUUAACCAACCGCAGGAUAGUAAAAAUCAAAAGGCUAGUACUUCAGAAGGAUUACCUCCAAAUGAUCAGAAGGGAAACAAUUCCAAAUCAAUAAAAGUACAAACAACUACAGGACACAACAAAGAGUCUUCAGAACAGAAAAGCAAGAAAGAGGCUUUCAAAGAACCAAUACCAAAUGAAAAACCAGUGAAAUCAUCGCAACAAGAAAACGUUGUACUAAAGCAAGAUAAAAUACCAGAUAACAAAACGACACAGAAGGAAGUAGUAGAAGAUAAACCAACAGUUAAAACUUCUAAGUCAAAUGUACCUCUUAAAAAAAAAUCAUCCGACAAGCAACAAAGUACCAAACACAAAAAAGAUGACAACAUAAAGUCACAAAAAUUAUCCUCUACAAGUGACUCAAAAAUUACGAAUCAAGAGAAGAAACAUGAUGAUAAAGUUCUAGAUGCAUCAAAACAACAGAAGAAAGAAGUGAAAGAGACAACAAAGCAACACAAGAAUCAUAAAGAAGAUACCUUGAAAGAAAUUAAACUACGAUACCUGAAAAAUGGUCAAACAGAACCUAAAGAUUGUUAUGACUAUUAUGUGCAAGGAUACAAACGAAAUUCAAUUUACAAAAUAAAACCCUAUGGUCUUGGUAAACAAAUGCAGGUAUAUUGUGACAUGAAAGACGGAGGCUGGACAUUGAUACAGAAACGAUCUGAUGGUACUACUAAAUUCUUCAGGGAGUGGGCAGAAUACAAAAAUGGUUUUGGAGGAUUGUAUGGAGAGCACUGGUUAGGCAAUGACUAUAUUCACUACCUCACAAACCAGGACAAUUACAAACUAAGGAUAGAACUAACAAAUUGGGAGAAAACAAAAAAGUUUGCUGAGUAUGAUGUAUUCAGGGUUGAUGACGAACAAGAAGGAUAUAAACUGACAAUAAGUGGGUAUACUGGAGAUGCUGGGGAUGGAAUGGCCAAACAUAAUGGUCAUAAAUUCUCUACCAAGGAUGUGGACAAUGACAAAGUAGUGAAAGAAUUUGGGGGUAGUUGUGCCAACCGAUUUAGUGGAGCAUGGUGGUAUUACAAAUGUUAUAUGUCAAAUUUGAAUGGUCUCUAUUAUAGAAAUGGACAAAUCCCACCAAAAAUGUUUGAUGGUAUAACAUGGAAGCCGUGGACAGGAUCCAAUUAUUCAUUACGUUCAGUGGAAAUGAAAAUUAGACCAUAUUUGGCAAAAGAUAAAUAAAUGAAGUGCAUCUUAUCAAAUAAUCUAAAAAUGCAUUAAAAGCAAGCUUCCCAAGGGCUAAAAUCAAAAAGGCACACGUUUUGCAAUGGCAUUCAUCACAAGAAAGUUAUAGGGCUUUUCCAAUACCCUUUUCCUCUUCCCGCCAAACAAAAAUAAAACUGAAAAGAAAAGCAAUAGCUACUGUUAAUAAUGCUUAAAUUAUAGACAAUUUCUAGGAUUAAAAAUAUUCAAUGAAAAAUGGGUUACUAACAAAUGAUAUGUUCCAGAUUUAGGGUACAUCUGGAAAAGGGCUGGCUCCAACCUAAUUUUCUUCAACUUGUAUCAUGUGAUUUAAAAAAAUCCCAUGAAAAGUAUGUGGGCUCUUGCCAUCAGAACAACCCCAUACCCUUUUAUUUUGGAUCCAACAAUACAUCACAUCAUGUAUAAAUCCAUAAAAAUGUUUGAAUUAUCUUUAGCGUAAAUUUUUUAAUAUUAUCAUAGAUUUACGUAUGUUCUUAAUCUUAUUAUAUAGGAUAGGCUCAUAAAUAAAGCAAAUUUAAAUCUCGCCAAAAAAUAAUUUCCACAUAAACUUUCGUCACAUUAUUUAAAAUGUUUACAUAUUUUAAAAUAGGACAAGAAAGUCAUUCACUUCAUCACAAACACAUGGAGUUUAUUAGUAAAAGUAGUAAUUUGGUGCCAUGUAUUUCCAAUUUUUUUAAGGUCUUAUUUAUAAUGUACUUAAUAUAAAUUAAAUGUCUUUCAUAUCAAGCAUAUUGAUGGCGAUGGUGCAAUGUUAGAAAUUUAUUUUUCACAUAAUCAUUCACAUUUUUGUUUAUUUCAUAUAGCCAGAUUAUUUUUUUUACCAGUCCGCUGGUGAUUUCAAUCAUUUUAAAUAUUCACUGUCACAAACACGUUCACUCAAAUGAAAAUUUAAAAAAAAAUAGGAAAAAUUUCCAGACAAUAUAUAUCCAUUUAGACUUGUUAAUAUAUAUAUAUAUA